AUGGCAACUAGAUACUUACACUUUACAACAUUAGUUCUUGCCGUAAGCAUCUUAGUGGUAGGAAUUUCUGGUCAAUUUGAAUGUGGUGGUGACUUGAAUGGCAUUGUAUAUCAUUGUAAACCUUUUGUCUUAAAGGAUGGGCCAACUUUGCCACCAUCAGAUUUAUGUUGUAAUGCAUUGAACGGUGUUGAUGUCUCAUGUUACUGCCAAUAUGUGACUCCUCGUCUUAUGCAAAAUAUCAGCAUUGACAAAGCUUUGAAUGUAGCUCGAAAUUGCGAAUUGCAAGAUAUUCCUACAGGCAAAUGUGGAAGUUAUAAUCCUCCUCCUACUUCUCCAAAGGCUUGA